AUGGAGUACAAGAGCCUUGGUAACAGCGGCUUGAAGAUAUCCAAGGUCAUCCUUGGCUGUAUGGGCUAUGGUACUCCAGAAUGGGAAGGCUGGGUGCUUGAUGAAGAGGCCUCUCUACCACUUCUGGAGUAUGCCUACAAGAGCGGCAUACGGACAUGGGACACAGCAGAUGCAUACGCAAGUUCCCAUUUUUCUCCGACAAACCAUCCCCGUUGUGCAAGCCAUGGCCGCUCAGAGGAGAUCAUAGGCAAGGCAAUCAAGAAAUACCAGAUCCCACGGGAACGACUAGUCAUCCUCACUAAAUGCUUCUUUGGUGUAACCCCACACAAAAUGGCAAACACUUGGGUUUACAACAAUGACGGCGAGGAAUUGAACCAAGUCGGACUCAGUCGUAAGCACAUCAUUGACGCCGUCGACAAAAGUGUUGCUCGAUUGGGAACCUAUAUCGAUGUUCUCCAGAUCCACCGACUCGAUCAGACGGUGCCUCGCGAGGAGAUCAUGAGAGCUUUGAACGAUGUCGUUGAAUCGGGAAAGGUGCGGUACAUCGGCGCUUCUAGCAUGGCUGCAUGGGAGUUCCAGGGGCUGCAGAACGUCGCAGAAAAGCACGGAUGGCACAAAUUCAUCUCCAUGCAGAACUAUCACAAUCUGCUGUACCGUGAAGAAGAGAACGAAAUGAUCCCCUAUUGCAACCAUACCGGUGUUGGUGUCAUCCCCUGGUCUUCAGUUGCGAGAGGUGCUCUAACACGGCCUUGGGAUGACCGAUCAAGCAGCCGGGAGCAGACCGAUGGUGGACUCAAGCACAUGGUGCGUUCGGCAGACGACAAGGCCGACCGGGAAGUUGUGGGACGGGUCGAGGAAGUAGCCAAGAAGCUGAAGAAAAGCAUGGCUCAAGUCGCCAUCGCUUGGAGUCUCAGCAAGGGUGUCAAUCCUAUCGUGGGUAUGAACAAGAUGGAACGCAUGGACGAGGCUCUUGAGGCCAGCAAGAUGAAGCUGAGCGAGAAGGAUAUCAAAUUUCUAGAAGAGCCAUAUCUCCCAAAGAAAAGGCAGGGCUACUGA